CACAGUUCAACAGAGGACAACUUCCGAUAUCUUCGGCAAGCUGAAGAGGGCAGAGUUGAAAGAUUCAUGGUACAGAUUCUUAUGGUCUCAUAAAUCUAUAUCCUGGAAAAUGGAUGCUGUUAAGUCUGUGGAAAAAGAAAAGAGCCCAGAUAAAUGUUCGCCUCGACUUGCUUCUGAAAAUAGUAAACAAGCAGCAGAGUCAAAAGCUAGUAGAUCACAUGACUCUGACAAAGAAGAAAGUCGUACCAGCGCAAAUAGCACUUCAGAAAAAUCCCAUAGCAAGCAAUCAUCAGAUUCCUCUCCAGAAAAGAAGCGUAAAGUGGAGCAGAUAUCAGAAGAAGAGCAAAAAGAACAUGCACGAAAGAAGGAAAGGCAAGAAGAAGAGCGUAUCAAAAUGCAAGUUCUUGUCUCCAACUUCACAGAGGAGCAGUUAAACAGAUAUGAAAUGUACAGACGAGCAGCAUUUCCAAAGGCAGCAGUCAAACGUCUUAUGCAGUCCAUCACAGGCAGUGGUGUCUCGCAGAAUGUGGUCAUUGCCAUGUCUGGAAUCUCUAAAGUGUUUGUUGGCGAGGUUGUGGAAGAAGCUUUGGAUGUGAUGGAGAGCUGGGGAGAAACUGGACCUAUACAACCUAAACAUCUUCGUGAGGCUGUCCGUCGUCUGAAGCAGCGUGGACUGGUACCCAACACAAAGACUAAAAAAGUUCUGUUCAAUACAUGACAAGUACUUUGUAUGUGAGAUCUGGAUAAAUUUUGUUGUGGAUGUAUGUGAAAGAUGAACAUUAGUGUUUAGUUCUUGCUAAAGGAUUGAGUGAAGAGACUGCAGCUUUAUUUGUAAUGUUGUGGUGACAAAAUGAAUAUUUUUACAUAGCAUUUUGCAUGGAAUAGCAUGGAAUAAAGUGUGCAGAGCAAAAAUUACUAAAAAAA